AAUGUGUCAACUAAGUUUAUGAAAACUUUUCUACAUUGUAGAGCUUUGAAGUUCUGUGGGCCAGGAGGACCUCCCCACGUGAAGCUUGUUAUUGAGUGGGACCCCAGCUCUAAAGAACAUCUGUUUGGCAGCAUCCAUGAGGAGGUGGUGAAAGAUGCAGAGAGUGUGAAGCUUCAGCAGCAGCAGCACCUGCAGCAGCAUAGCUGCACGUUGGACGAGUGCUUCCAGCUUUAUACCAAAGAAGAACAGCUUGCUCCAGAUGAUGCCUGGAAGUGUCCCCACUGCAAGCAGCUGCAGCAGGGCAUGGUGAAGAUGAGUCUGUGGACGCUGCCUGACAUCCUCAUCCUCCACCUAAAGCGCUUCCGACAGGUCGGUGAACGACGGAACAAGCUGUCAACCCUGAUUCGAUUUCCCCUCACUGCUCUGAACAUGGCCCCCCAUGUGGCCAAGAGAAGUCAGAGCUUGAAGAAUCUACAUGCAGGGUCUUCCACCUCUUCCUCCAGGAAACAUCUGUCGAGCCAAAACCAUCAACCUUCUGACCUUCUCCUCCCACAAGAUUACCUGUAUGACCUCUACGCCGUGUGUAACCACCACGGAGGAAUGCAUGGAGGACAUUAUACCGGCUCAAUAAGUUCUUCAGCAUCAGACCACUGGCUAAUCAGGCUAACAGGAGACAGCAAGAGAGGCAGUCUGGUGUCUCCUUCUUCCACCAACAUCUCAUCUUCAGUGCAAGACUCACCACAGUCUCCAGUUGUCAGAGAAAAUGGUUUUGAGGAGGAAAGGGGUGGCUUUGAAAAUCGUCCAUUUGUCCGAGGACUUCAAGGGCGCAGCGUGAGCAUGAGGGUUCCUACCAAACCGAAGGAGAGUCUGAGCAAAAAGCUUCCUAUGCGUUGGUCCCUAGGUUCAAAAGAUAGACGAAAACCUGACCAGGAUUCCCCCAAAAUCCAGGAACCUGACCCUGCUGAGCUAGUGCAGUACUUGGAGUCUGGCCGGCGACCCCGUUGUACCAAGGACUCAAUAGUAACUGUGAUGAAUGAAUCGCGUAGCAGCAAGAAAGCACCUGCAGGUAGAGCACCCAGUGUUCGAUCUUCAAAUGGUGGGAGUAUGAGUUGUGUUGGUAAGAUGGAACAAGAGCCGCAAUAUUCUCAGGUCCCAGAGGGUCAAAAAAGGCAAUCAGAAAGGACAUCAGAGAAGACGUCUGGUAAGACAGCCAGUCUGAGACGAAAAAAUGAAAGUGUGGCGAAAGAAGAGACGUCUGGGAAUAUGAGUUCUAACUCUGGUAGCAACACCCUUUCCAGGAGGAAGGAUGCAAGGAGGCACAGCUCUUCCAAGUCUUCUCAAGAAAAAGAGGCGAAAUUUAGUUCCAGCACCGGAGUACCGCCUAGUUACAGUACAUCAAGCCUUCAAGAUGGAACUCUGAAGAGACAAAAGGGGGACAAAGCUAAAAGGGAUCACCAAGACACUGAGGCAGACAAGUCAAAGACGACAAAAGAUGAAGUGCCCAAGAGUCACGACGGUCUCCUCUCUUUUCUGAAAGGCAACUUCCUAAAGAAGGAUAAGGACUCUAAGAAAUCCAAGGAUGGGGAGUCAGGAAAAGGAAGCAGAGAAGAGGAAGGAAGAAGGACCUUACCUAGAGCGUCAUUACCAAAUGGAGCGGCUGGAGGAAGAAUCGCAGUUGAGGGAAGUAAAUCAAACGGUUCAGGCCGGCGGGUUGAAGAACUGGCAAACGGGAAGAUAGGACGGUCCUCGGCUGACAUUAGACGCUCGCAGAGCUCCUCUAACAUACCCACCAAAGCAGAGCAGAGCAUCCGCAGGACAGCAUCCUUACAUCGUAAUGGGAUGCCCACAAACCCAGCAUCAUCACGGAGCGUUCCCGCAGACAAACCGUCUUUCAGCACCCUGCAAAGGACGCGCUACAGCACAACCUCUCUGGGGCGCAAGAAGACGGUCCCCGAGUCGAGCUUCUGAUGCAGAGUUUUAAUUUUUUUUACUUACUUGGAUAGAAGAACUCGCCACCAUUUAGAUCAAAGCAAUAGAGCCUCUUUUACCUUAAAGUUAUUUAGUGGAUUGCACAAUACAGAAGGGCAGUACAGUUAAUGAAGGGAGAUUACAAACUGCAACUUGAAAAUAUGUGGCCUGUCUAUUUAGACACAUUGGAUUAAAUACUUUUUGUAUAAAUAUAGAUAUAUUCAUCUAUAUAUCUGUGUUGUUUUUUAGGAUUUAAAAGAAGUGCCUAACAGAAUAUUUUUUGUUUAUCAAGUUGAACUAGCAGGUACAGACUUUUAUCUCCUUUUAAUGCAGUAUGAGUGUUUGAACGCGUCGCUUCAUUAUUAACUGAUGGUUUAAAAUAGGACACGCUGAUUGUGUUCAUUUGCAAGAAUGUAUUUUCUGGGAUUAAUUAACACAGGUGCUUUGGGGCUUUGUUUCCUGAUUAUUAACUAUUGUAUGAUUGAAGUUUGUUUAAGGUUAAUCUGAAUGCCAGACCUUUUUUUUUUAUUUUUUUUUAUCAUGCAUUAAUUCCUCUCAAAUGUUUAACAAUGCAGUGAUUAUUCAGUACUGUGAAGAAAAAUAUUCGUACAAGAUGGAUUAAUUUUAUACACUGUAGAGGUUAUUUUUCAGGACUUCUACUGCUGCUGUUUCUCUGUUUGUUUUUCCACUAUUAAUAGUGUUUUGCUGGAAUUGUAUUAACUGUUGAUGCAUAUAUUUAUCAAUGGGAGUAUGGUGGGGAAACAGAUGGCAGAGGGAAUUUUUUUUUUUUUUUUUUUUGCAAAGAUGAAGUUGGUUUGUUUUUAUUGUUGCUGCUGUUCUUUCAGAGGUAGAAAAUCUGCCUCUUUGAGCCUUAAAUCAUUGAAUGUUCCCUUAAAUGACUGUUAGGCAGAUGACUCUAUGUGAAGCACCGCAUCUGCAGCUGCAUCUUAACAGCUCCCUGAGAAAAACUGACACCAACUUCGAAGGUAUUUGAGUUUAUUUAAUGUCAUUACAUUAUUUUAGCAUUAUCUUAAUGUUAAUUCUUUAUAUACUUCAAGUAAUACAAACUAAGUGGCUAUGAAUAAUGUGGCAGCAAUAACAACAAAGAAAAACACCCAAACAAAAGUAAAAAUUUUAUAUUAUACACAUGAUUUUUUAUUGUGCAGUGUCAGGUAUUGCACGGCUAUUUACCACAGUUAAAUGUAAUCAAAUUGGUGCUGCUGCCAACUAACACAAGUUAUUGUGAUGCAGAAAAAGGUUUUCUUGUGUUUUUCCCUUUGGAAAGUUUAAAACAUUUUACCUAAGUGAAAUGAUUUAAUACUUUUUCUUUAUUCGGUUUACAAAAAGGAUUUUCUUCCAUGUCCUGCAUUUACACAGUGAUUGCAAUCGAAAAUACUGUAAUACUUAUCAAAACCAAAAGGUAACGAUACAUUUAAUAACAUUAGAA